UGGGUGGACCCCGGGAGUUUGGGCUGUGUGUUUCUCGGUUGUGGCUGAGACUUUCCUGGAGUUCACUGUAGGGCUGGACAUCAGGGAGGCGGGUCCCUUUCAGCUGGGGAGGCGGUGACUCUGUCCCGGACUGGACUGUGCCGGUGCUGCAUAACGAGAGAUUGUUCCUGACCAUGUACACCAUCACCCGGGGACCCAGCAGGCUGGCCACACAGCGGAGGACGGGUCCAUCCCAGCAGAUCGAAGCCAAGUCCGGUUGUGACCUCAAGCUGAAACUGGUGGGGAGUUGCCCAGCUCCGAAGCUGGUGUUUAACCGAGUGAAUGGGAAGCGCUGUCCAACUCCAGGAAUUAUAGACACCCAGGAAGAGGAGCACACGCCGGCUCAUGAAGAGAAUGUCCGGUUUGUUUACGAAGCAUGGCAGCAGGUAGAAGAGCAGCUUGGAGCCAGCCAGGAGAAUGGGCAGCGUGCACAUGGGCCAGUGCAAUACGUGGAGAAAACACCAAGCCAAAACCUGAAGAACUUUGUCCCGAUUGAUCUCGAAGAGUGGUGGGCAAAACAGUUCUUGGCCAAUAUCCAGAACUCCUCCUAAAUGGCCGCCUCUAACAGGGAAGAGUGUCAGCAGCCAGUUGACACUUGGACUUCUUCAGAUCUCUCCCCAAUGUUUGUGAUUCGCACAUGGUGAAGACAUUUUUUUUGUAAAACCUGGAUCAGUUGGAACUCUCAACAAGUGACCUCUCGGCUUCGACUGGGUGAAAUUCACUCACCUCUGAGCAAUAAAGCAGCAAGUCUGUGAGCAGGAACACCAGAAAUGUUUUGCAUAAUAUUUCAGAAGAUACUUCUCUUUUUGUUUUGUUCUUAAUGAGUCAUAUUAUGCUUUGUCUGUGCCAGCACAUACCUGAUGACGUCCUGGAACAUCUAGGCCCAGGUUACAGCUGCACCCAACAUGUGGCUUGAGUGGAACGGAGAGAAAAGCACCAAAAACAAAUGUGCCUGGGGCGCACUGGAUUCUGCACAGGGCUUCCCCUCCCCCCUCAUCCCCUCCAGAGGAGAAUAUAUCCUCCUGUCCACUCAAGCCAGUUCAGGGAACAACGUCUGCUUAAACAUGGCUCCUCUCUGUCACGGAGACAAGUAUCCCCCCUUCCCCCCGCAAAAUUCAACAUGUCCUCUGUGCCAGAAAUUAGUCCCUUUCCAGCCUGUUUGUGCCAUCUGGAUUAGCUGCAGCCUCUACUUGUAAGCAGGAAAUUCCAGUUCUGUUAUUGCAAUAUCAUAUAUGUGGUUUUUAAAUGGAAAGCAUUUUAAAUUAUGUAUUUUUUUUCCUUCUGGUUGACCCACUCCCUCCCACAAACACUUAUCUAGUGAGAAUUUAGAUUUCCAAGUCCGUGUUGCAACAGAGGGGUCAGAUUUGCAGCUAUGAUCACCAGCUUCCUCUGUGUCAAUGAGCUUCACAUCUCUGCUUGUCCUGUUAACAAGACACUGAGGGUUGAGUUGAAGUGGCUGUCGGCCAAUUUGUAGGGACCCAGUCAAACAAGUCUUGGAUGUGAGCAAUAAGCAUAACUUUGCAUGUUUGAAUGUUAGUGAACAGCAGACCUGACAUAUUCAAACAAGGCCCUAGCUCGGGGCAAGGGCAGGGAUAUCCUCUUUAUUCUUGAUGAAACAGGAAGAGCAUUAUUACUUCAGUGGUCCGUCCAUUUGCAACAUUGAGAGGGGGUGACAUUGAGCAGCCGUUCAGAUGGUAUUUAAAAAGACACCUGUCAUUGGCCCAAAUGCUUUUAGAAGCAUUGCUGGACUUGACAGGAACUAUUUAUGAAUAUUAAAUCUCAUGACAACUCAGUUAAUGAGGUGAGACAAGUUUGUUUCUAAUCUAGAGAGUUUUAUGUUUUGUCACUACAGACAGAACACAUUACAAGCUAAAUCGGAACUCCGUCUCUCUCAUUCAGGUUCUGCUCAUCUUCCGUUUUAACAAACAGAUUUAAGUUACCCGCUCUCUGGAUUCCUGCUCCUGACAAUGGGGUUCAGAUGCUUCUUGCACUUGAAGCUGUAUUUGGAAGAUGUUUACAGUACUCAAAGUUCUAAUGUUAGUGACUGACAGUGGAACAUUUUAUUUAGAAGGCACCUACUGUGGCAAUGUGCAGCUCAGUUUAAAAACCUGCUUCUGUACUUACAUAGCCUUGUUCACCUUUGUCUUAAUGCUAGUGAAGCUGGGAAGAUAAUGAUUGUGUUCUGGGUAAGAGGCUGAACCCACACAAACCACAAUACCUAUACAGCUUUCUGAUUACAUUCAUAAGACUACAGAGAAGUCAUGAGAAGUUGUACUGCCUCCCUAUUUCAUAGGAUCAUAGAACCCCUACAGUGCGGGAAGAGGAUGUUUGGCCCAUCAAGUCUUCUGAAUAGCAUUCCACCCCUACCCUGCAUUUACCAAUGGCUAAUUCGUCUAGCUUGCACAUUCCUGGAUACUACAGGCAAUUUAGCAUGGCCUGCACAUCAGUGGACUGUGGGACGAAACUGGAGCACCUAACAGAAACACACACAGACAUGGGGAGAACGUGCAAACUGCACACCCACCCAAGGCUGGAAUCAAACCUGUAUCCCUGCUGCUGUGAGGCAGCAGUGCUAACCACUGAGCCAUCAUGCCGUCCCAUUUGGUGUGGGUUGAGGGGUAGGUUCAGAUGUGAAGGUUUCCUGCAAUAUGGGCCAAUGAGCUUCCUAGUGUAUUGUACCUAAAAAGAAAAUAUAAAGUCACCCUCUUAUUCCCAGUUAUACACUGUCAUCUUAGGAGGUUUCUUGGUACCUCUCCAUUAUCUUCCUCAUUGCUUGUAGAUUUCUGUUAAGGUCCCUAAUUAAAUUACAUAAUCAGAUAACAAUGUCCUCUCCCUCUAAGUUAAGUUCUCAUUUUCUAAUAUAACCUCUUGCGGGGUGUUCUGCUAUGUGUGAGAAUGAGUAAGAUUUUUUUCCUAGAAUCUCAUGUCAUGCUACCAUGCGUCUCCUAGUUUCCAGCCCUGCAGUUUAACCUUUUAGAGCCUGCUGUUGAGUGCACAGUCCACAUCCCUCACUGAUUAUUCCACUUCAGCUGGGUUUCGUUCAAGGUUUUGCCUUGUUAUUGCUGCUGUAUAGGAUGAUCGUUAAUUGACUUGUGUGACUAGCUGCCUUUUGCGACUAGCUGCCUUUUGCAUUCCUGACACUGGACUGUGCUCUCUGAAUGAGGAAUUUCGGUUCUGAAUCCAAGAACAGAAAAUGGUGCCAGAACCUCCAUGUUGCCACCUGCCUGCACCAUGUUACAAUAGGAUAAUUCUUCAUGAAAGAAACAGGACAUUUUCAGUUGCUUAAUGAAAGCUCUGUAAAAAUAUAGUACAGGAUCUCUUACAUGUUUCUCUGGGAAGACUGAUAUGACUUUCCAUUUUGAAUUGAAUACACUUUGGGCAUAAGCUAACAACGAAGGGCGAGUGCACUUAAUUUUCUGUUUGCAUAGUGCAAAAAUAAAAACUAAAGUAAUUCUAAAUCUGACACUGUCACUUAAGAUGGAAUACUGACCUGAUGCCUCUUAAGAGAUCCGUGCAGGGUGCACAGCAAUAAGGUGGGGAUUUGACUAAGGGAUUGAUUGACCCCUAGCAAGCUGCGCAUGUUUUUCUAAUGUUUUUUCUAACUAUGCAAUGAGCUCUUUUUUUUAAACACCAUUGAAGAGUCAAAAAGGGUUGCAGCGAUUAAAUCGUGAACUUCACUGAAAGUCACAUGAAAGCCUGCCCUAUUCUGAUAGCUAGAGGGCAGUGUAUCCAAACCACAGUUCAGGUGUGGCCUCUAAAAGUGAACUUGCACCUUUUGAUGAUUAAUCUGAAAAGAAAUUUUUAAAAAUCAAGCUAGUUCACCCAAUCUAUUCUUUCAAGCAGCUUUUAAUCUUUGGAAAAUAUCCCAUAGUUUUGUGAUUUAUAUGGACAUUGAUCUAUAUACAUACUACUGUACCUGCCCUGCUAGUUUUUGAUGGAACAUUGCAAAUGUUGCUCUAUAUCUUUCCUGUGUUUUACUUGCCCUGGGCACCUUCAAUGUGGAAAGUAUAAAGGAAGCUUUAUUUUAUCUUUCUCAUGCUGUACCUGUAUUACUGGGCAAACAGGGACACAACAACUGUACCAGAGAAAGUACACAAGGUUAGGGAAGGGAUGCAAUAUGAACUUAUAGCAUGUGUGCAAUUUUCAGGCACCCUGAUGGGUAUCAAGUUUUUUUUUAAAUUCUAGAUUCUGGAGAGCUUCAAGGGCAGUUUUUGAGGUUAAUGGAAGUACUUCCCACUAAAUUGGAGUAGCAAAUAAUUGGAGACCAGAGGCAGGCUUCCUUUGCAAAGGUAUGUGGAACAGUGUGAGUAACAAAUGGUAAGAGGGCAUUUCCAAACUUUAAAUUAUUCUACAAUGAAAUUUUAAUACUGUUCAUGGAAAAACAACUUUUAAAUAGCUUUAUUUUCCCAUUUUUCUUAUUCCCUCACUAAAGGUGCUAUGGGUGCCAGUAGUCCUGGGACCUUUGUCUGCAUUGGCAUAGGAAUAUACCAAAGAGUGCCUUUACCUAUUAGAAUUGUUACAAAUCUAUUUUUUUAAAACUUGCAUCUGUGUAUACAUCCUGGUCAAGGUUUUACAAGCUGCCAUAAUUAAUUGCACCAGGGAUAUGGAACCUCAAUUAAAUAGGGAGAUGAAAAAAGAACUGGGAUUGUUCUCUGUACAGCCAAGAAAGUAGGGGUAGAUUUAAUGCAGGCAUUCAAAAUCAUGAUAGUGAAUGGUAAAUAUGGACGAAGCACUUCUGCUAGAAAUCAGUUUGUAUCUAGGGGUUGCAAAUUUAAGGUAAUUGACAAAAGAACCAGAUGCUAACACAUUUGUAACCCAGCAAAAACCUGAUGUACGAUUCUGCUGGUGAACAAGGGAUUGACAUAUAAUGAAGCAUAAAUGCUGCUACCUCCAAGGAGUCCCAGGAGACACAAGCUUAUGAUUUCAAAUAAAUCUCUUCGACUAAAACUUGGUGUUGUGUGACUUUUGACUUUGUCCGUCCCACUCCAACACCAGCACCUCCACAUCAUUGAUACAACAUUGAAGAGUGGUAUCGGUAUUGAGAAAGUGGCUGGAGAUGCAGCCAACACUUAAAUGAUUUUCAUCCUUCUCUUCCUAAAAAUCUUAAGUGAAAUAUGUGGUUUUAGGUAAGGGUUCUGUAUCUUGAGAAAAUAGAAAAUUUCAACAUGUUUCCUAACUUAUGGAAAAUUACACCUGCACUUGCUGGCACCUCUAAAAAUGUAUUAUAACAUUACUAAAACAGCUGUAGUAAUGAGGGAGGGAAAGGAUAUAGAUCAUUGUACUCUAAGAUGUGGUGAUUGCCUCAGAUACCUCAUGAUCUUCCACUGAUUUUUGUUUUCCGUGGUGAUUUUUGUAACACCAUUUGCUAGAUCCAAGAUGCAUUUAUAUUGGCAAAACUAAAGCAAAAUAUUCUAGAUUCUGGAAAUAUGAAAGAAAAUGCUGGAAGCAGCAUCUUUUCAGAGAGGAGUGAUAUCAGACUUUGCCAUUUUAAGACAGGUGAGCCACUACAUUGUUCAGAUUAAGCUGAGAACAGUGUACAAAAAGAGUACAUUGAUUUUAUUGUAUUGUAAUGAAGGUACAAUUAUCACAAUAAAAGUAUGUUUAUAUACCAAAA